AUGAGUAGCCAUGAAGAACAAAACCGUCCCGGAAAUUCAGUUGCUGGACUGUCUAAUCUUCAGAUGCGAGCUUUGAAUGAUUCUUUUUCUAACCUUAUAAACACAGGUCUAGAGCAGAUCCAUCAAAGGCUUGACGAACUUCAAGUAAGUCAGUCCCAUCCGAGAUCAAGGACAAGAACCAAUCAGCCGCGAAGGAAUACCCGGUCAGAUGAUGAGUUUCCUGAUGAGGACGCCCAAGAGGACGAGGUCAGAUCCGCUUACCGGCCUAGAAGAGGUCAUAGAACUCGAAACCCAGGUGAUGUCAAUCCAUUUGCUAGAAACAAUCGUACUGAUGAUAGUUUGAACGGAUUGAAAUUGAAAAUUCCACCUUUUGAUGGUAAAAACGACCCUGAUGCUUUUCUAGAGUGGGAAAGAAAAAUUGAGCAUGUCUUUGAUUGUCAAAACUAUUCUGAACUUAGAAAAGUAAGGCUUGCGGCCACUGAAUUCUCUGGCUAUGCUAUUAACUGGUAUGAUCAAGUGUUGACCCACAGGAGGAGAACAGGUGAGCGGCCGAUUGAGACAUGGGAUGAGCUUACCUUGUUGAUGAGGAAACGAUUCGUGCCAACCCAUUAUCACCGUGACCUUCACCAGAAGCUAAGACGUUUGCUUCAAGGAACCAAAUCUGUGGAAGACUAUUAUCAAGAGAUGGAAGUUUUGAUGACCAAAACGGACACGGAUGAACCUUUGGACGCCACUAUGGCUCGCUUUCUUUCAGGCCUCAACCGUGACAUCCAAGAUCGUAUGGAGCUUCAAGAGAAAGCAGUAGACGACUCAAGCCGAGCAAGAGACAUUAGAUGUUUCAAAUGUCAAGGGCUAGGACAUUAUGCCAAGAACUGUCCAAACCAGCGUGUGAUGAUUCUCUUGGAAAAUGGUGAAGUUGAGUCCGAGGAUGAACAACAAGAAAACAAGGAGGAUCUUGGUCCUAUCUUUGAUGAGGAAGAGGAGUCCUUUGACUACCCACAUCACGGACCAUUACUUGUGGCUAGGCAGGCAUGGAACGAUCCCAUCUUCGAUAAAACGGACGGCCCCGCGAACGGCCACACGGACAACGACCAUGACCUGUCCUUUGAUCCAGAUUCUGAGCCGAUCUUUGAUGAUGAAGAUAGUUUGACUAUCCAGCUCAUGGACCACUACUGGAAAUUAGGUCUAGCUACUCGACCUCUUUCUCGUCCUUUCAGGUUGGAAUGGCUCAAUGAAACUGGUGAACAGUAUGUUAAGGAGCAAGUCACGAUCCCUCUCACCAUUGGUCGUUAUGAGGACGAGAUUGUGUGCAACGUCUUCCCAUGGAUGCUUGUCACGUUCUGUUGGGACGUCCAUGGCAGUUUGAUAAAAGAACCGUCCAUGAUGGUUACACAAACCGGCACUCCUUUGACCAUAAAGGAAAGAAGAUCACGCUUGUACCACUCUCGCCCUUGGAGGUCCAUCAAGACCAGCUCCAACUUAAAAAGAACCGUGAACAAGAGCCAAACCAGGACAACCUGA